AUGAAUGAUGGAUACUCACCAGACGAACGACAUUGUGAAUCGUUCUAUAAGCAUACCACCAAACGUGACGAUAGUGGUAGAUAUAUUGUUCGCCUACCGAAACAGCCCGACUUUGAUGCAAAGCUCGGCCUUUCUAGACCUCAGGCCAUUCGUCGUUUUGAGCUUCUCGAGCGGAGAUUGGAACGAGAUCCAGCACUUCGAGAAGCGUACCAAGACUUUAUGAAGGAGUACUUAGCACUGGGUCACAUGUCUCCUAUAAGCACUGAUUGUGAUGAUACAGCUGCUUAUUAUUUACCACACCAUCCAGUUUUUAAAGCGUCAAGUACCACCACAAAGGUCAGAGUAGUUUUUGAUGGCUCGGCUAAAACGUCAACUGGCUUUUCGCUGAAUGAAACUCUGCGGGUUGGACCCAUAGUUCAGGAUGAACUCAUCGAUAUUAUUUUGCGUUUCCGCACCUAUAAGAUUGCUGUCGUAGCUGAUAUCGCCAAAAUGUAUCGACAAAUUGUGCUGCAUCCGGAUGAUCGACGAUUGGUUCGCAUUUUCUUCCGUUUCUCACCGCAAUCGCCGAUUGAAUUGUACGAGCUGAAUACUGUGACAUAUGGUUUGUCUCCAUCAUCGUUCUUGGCCACUCUUACAUUGCUGCAGCUUGCGGAAGAUGAAGGUGCUGACUUUCCACUAGCUUCACCCGCACUGAGACACAAUUUUUAUGUAGACGACUUCAUUGGCGGAGCUAACAGCGUGAGUGAAGCUCGCGAGCUUCGUCAGCAACUUUCCGAGUUACUCUCCAAGGCCGGGUUUGAACUCCGGAAGUGGACAUCCAACUGUUUAGGCGUACUAAGUGGUUUAACAGCAGAGCAUAUCGGUACACAGUCAUCACUGCAGUUUGUGCCGAACGAGACUGUGAAGGCACUUGGUAUCGCAUGGAAGCCCGAACUAGAUGUUUUGUGCUUUGAGUCGACUGCAAUAAUGGAAACCGCCAACCUCACCAUGCGAUCCAUAUUGUCAAACAUUGCUCGAAUGUUUGAUCCACUUGGAUUGAUCGCUCCAGUCAUCAUACGCGCGAAAUUGCUAAUGCAGGAGUUGUGGCUGCAGAAAAUCGGAUGGGACGAUCCGGUCCCUGUACACAUCUGUAACAAAUGGAAAUCGGUUACUGACGACUGGAAGGAUUUGGAAAGCUUCAAAAGCGAACGGUAUGUGCUCUUACCUAACUCUAAAAUACAGUUCCAUACAUUUGCAGACGCGUCAGAAGUUGCUUAUGGUGCCUGCAUUUAUGCGCGCUGUGAGGACCAGCAGGGACGAGUACGAGUCAGCCUGCUCGCGUCGAAAUCGCGUGUAGCUCCACUAAAACGAGUUACAUUACCAAGAUUGGAGCUCUGCGCGGCCGUGUUAGGAGCACAUCUUCAUCAUCGUGUUAGACGCGCUAUGGGAAUCGACACAACCGAAUCGUUUUUCUGGUCGGAUUCGACGGUAACGCUAAACUGGAUAGCGUCUCCACCCAACACCUGGAAAACAUUCGUGGCGAAUCGUGUUGCUGAGAUCCAGAACUAUUCGCACCCUCGUCAAUGGAAACACAUUCCCGGUUCAUCGAAUCCCGCCGAUCUGGUGUCUCGAGGGAUGUCAGCAGCUGAAAUGCUAAAAGGAUCGAUUUGGAGCUGUGGUCCUGAAUGGUUGGCGCUAUCCCCCUCCAAAUGGCCAAUGUCAAAUCCAUCACUGACUGCUGAAACGGAUAUGGAAAUUCGUCAGGCGUACGUGUCUACACACAGAUCGGAGAGCCGGUAUAUCAAAGCGUUGUCUCACUUCGUUCACUACAGUUUCUUGGCUGCCGUGCUUAUAACGACGGUGGACAUCGUCAACGAUUAA